AUGAUGUGGAAGGGAAGUGACGCACAUGUGUCCCCCUAUCAGUUAGUCUUUAGCCGCUCAAGCCCUUACUCACGGUUCCGCCUAUCUAUACUUCCAACCUGUUUGUGGGCUUGACUAGGUGGCAAGUUUUCUCUUUCUUCUAUCUUUUAAUUUUAUUUCUCUUUAUUUAUCUCAAAAAUAAGAUUAUUAAAAUUAUAUAAAUUCACAUAAGCUUUCAUAAUUAGCCAAAUUAAUCAAUUAAAAACUAUUUUUUAUAAUUUGACAUAAAUAUAAGUCUAUUUAUCAAGAGUUUAGAUUAAAACUAUAUUAUUAAUUAAUUAUUAACUCAUGAUAAUGAAAACUUAUCAAUAUCUUCAUUAAAGUAUAUAUUUUUUGAUUAACAUCAAACUUAUCCAAUGAUUAUAUCAUCGUAUUUGUCUAAGGAUCAAGAGAAUAGAUUACUUGAUGUACUUAGGACAUAGAGAGAGGUGAUUGGUUGGUCUCUAGCAAAUAUUUGAGGACUUGAUCUAUUUGUGUGUAUGCACAUAUUUUAUCAUGAGGAGAACUAUCAUUUCCUUACUAGCUUUUGUUUAGGACAUAUUUUAUUGGUCGAGUGCUUUAGUUAGAGAACCAUUCAAGGGCAAUAGUGUAGUAGAUGGGGCAUAAAAACCAGAAUUUUCUUCCCUUUUCCCUUCUCUCACAUGCAUUAAAGACUUUUGCAUGCAUUAGAGAUAAUGCAUCAUUCAAGUAGGGGGGAGAACAAAAAAAUUCAAAAAUGUUCUGAAUAUUUUAAAACUUUUGCUGCAUUGAUUAUUUGCACAAACACGUAUGAUUAAACGAACAAAGCCUAAUGCUCCUUUAAAAGGGUAAGUCAAUUAGAAACGUUUACCUUCUCUAGAUUAGGGGUGUGGAUCUCAUGAAAAAAAGAUAGGUGAAUUCUUUACCAUGAUCAUUAUUCUUUGAAGUAUGAAGGAGUUUUAGGUUGUAUUCAUGGGUAUGUGGUGCGACAAUAAAUGGCUAAUGAUAGUAUAUUGUGGAUGAAAACGAUUGAACUAGAUCAUCUUAGUCUAGUUAUUAUGUUGUGGUUGAUAAGUCUUCAUUAUCUGUAUUUACCUUAUAUUUAUCAAUAUUUAGUGCAUAAAAUUAACAGAAAUAAUACAUGUUACAUUUAAUUCGUAUGCAUUCAGAUCAUUCAUACAUAAACAUGUAUUUUAAUAUUUUUAAAAUUAUUUUAAGAUAAUUAAUUUAAAUAAUUAUGCAUGAAAUAUUUUUAUGAGUUUUAGGAUUUUCUAAAUUUUAUCCUGGAUUUUUUGAAAUUUUCUAGAAUUUCUCAUAAUUUCUAAGAGGUUUUGAUAUAAAGGUCUAAAAUAAAAGAAAAUCAGAAUGAGUUGGGCUGGGCCGAGCCAAGUGACCCAAUGGGCCGGAAUAUUCAGAGGCUAAAAGUUAAACCAUCAACAGGUCGACAGUGGAAGCAGAACCGACGAGUUGGCAUGACACUUAAGCAGAUGUGGGACACGUGGCCCACACGGGUUCGACGACAUUUCAACGGACAUCGUGAACAGAAAUUGGCACAAUUUACGUCAGACCUCAAAGAGAAAUGUAAUUGGAGAUCCGUACCUAAUGGCAGAACGUGAAAGAAGAGCGGGUGAUAGAGUAAGGCUGUCAUUGAUCUCUCUUUCUUUCGCGCCUUUUCUCGCUCCCUUUGUCUGUCUGCUCUCUCUCACUCUAUCUUGCUCUCGCUUUCUUUCUGUGGAUGCGUCCUCGCUCUACGAAGCACGGCGGAGUUCGGACAGCCUGCCGCCUUCUCCUCUCCUCUCCGUCGAGUUCUUCUGGAACCCUUUCUCGUGCGCGAAUCCGGAGGAAGAGUGGGAGGCCGCAUCCGGCGGAGGAGUCCACCGCCGAAGACGCCGAGGUCACGGUCGGCGCCGCCUCACGGAGAGGUCGUACGUUCCCAGGCUUCUGCUUCCCUGAAAGGCCGCUCCGGGUAUGUUCUAGUGCCGUCUUUCGACGAAUUCUCGCCUUUCGUUGAUUCGGGGGUUAUGUUCUAGUGCCGUCUUUCGAUGGGUUCGUGAUUUUCUGUGUCGGGGGCAUCUUCUUGUGGACUCUUUGGAUGGGAUCUUUAUUUUCUUUGAUUUGGACUUUCGGUUGCCUGCGGUGGUGCGGGUGGUGCGAGAUUGCUGAAGAAAGCUCUGGCUUUCCUCCUUCCUCUUAUUUAUUUACCUUCUUCCGAUUUGUUUUGCCGCUUCGUUGCUGAUUCGAUUUGAUGUUUGGUCUGGGUAGGGGGAUCUAUCUUCUUCUUUAGACUUCCAUCCGAUUGCUCUUUGGGGACGGAUGAGUGUUACCGUCUGGAGGAGAAAAGAUUAUUUCAGCAAGGUUUAUCGAUUGACGGUGACGGGUGAGCGUGUUGAAUCAAGGGGCACAUUCGAUUUUCGGAUCGCUGAGCGAUCGACCAGUUUCUGGAGAAGAACCCGGUGAUUUCCGGCAGGAAACAACACCCUCCGUACCUGCAGCUCUCCCGAGCGUUAUUCCCCACCCAGAAAAACCAUCAGAACUUGGUGGCGGGCUGUCCUGUUGAGAAAGCAGCUGGAAUCGAGGGAGGAAGUGUGGACGAGGUUGUCGGGCUACAGGAGGAAGCGAGGAUGUCUCCCAUCCCGGAUCGGGUACAUGCUUCGACGUCCCUCAUUCCUUUCCUUGACGGCGACUGUAGAGAGCUUUCUCUCUCCAUCCCAAAGCACAUCACAUCUUGACAAUAGGAAUGUCCUAUCCAAAAUCGACAGGUGCAGGUCGGAAAUUCUCCAUUAUACAAGGUAGAGAGAAUGUUGGGUGCAGGAGGUUUUGGGCUGGUCUACAUUGGACGAAGGGUGGCUGGUGGAUCUCAGGGCAAUGGGCCCAAUGCCUUUAAGGUUUAGUUUCAACCUCCCAUCACUCCUGCCAAGGGAAUCUUUAAAUACUGCUGUUUUAUGUUGUCUCUUUCAUUUUCCUGCGGUGGGUGUAGGUAGCACUGAAGUUUGAGCAUAGAAAUAGCACGGGUUGCAGAUUUGGCCCCCCAUAUGAAUGGCAAGUUUAUGAGUAAGAAGACACCCCCUACUGCUCUAAUUUAUUACGUAUUGUGUCGAUCUAAAACUACGUUCUUCAUCUGACUUUGUGAAUAUGGUUUUAGCCAUCUCAAGGGAUGCUAUGGAUUGCCUAGGGUGCACUACAAGGGCCGCCAAGGAGAUUAUUUCGUCAUGGUUGGCGUAGAGUCUUUCAUUUUAUUGUUUCCUCGAAUGAUGUUUUUUAUUGAAAGCUAAUUAUGAUAUUGUUGAUGAUGAUUGCUGCAGAUCAUGGACAUCCUUGGACCAAGUCUCCUGGAUGUGUUCAUAUCCAUUGGGCAAGUGUAAGAAAAUAAUCUUGACUUCAUAUUCAAAGUCAAUAUUCUGUUGAGAAUUGUGCUAUUGAGUUUGACUAACUCCUUGGACAGAAUGCCACCAAAUAUGGUGGCUUGUAUUGCUGUGGAGGCAAUAUCCAUCCUUGAGAAGCUACACCAAAAAGGGUACGUAUGGCUUUGUGGCAGUGUGAUAUUUUUUCAAUUAAAUUUUUGCAAAGGUCACAGUAAUCAAUUCAUUGCUCCCUUGUGCACUCCCCUCCCUCCCUCCACCCACACAAAAAAAAAAACAUGCCAGGUUUGUGCAUGGAGACGUCAAGCCAGAGAAUUUAUUGUUGGGUAAACCCGGAAGCUCAGGGGAGAAGAAGCUUUUUCUCAUCGACUUUGGGCUGGGUAUGUUGCUGCAUUCCAAUCACUUCUUGUUUUCACCUUUCGCACCUAUUGAUUUUAGAGUAGGGUUUGUUUUUCCAAGUAUAUAAACAAAUUCGUCUUGACUGAGAAGUCCCUGUCUGUAUCAACAUCAGUGAUAUUUUUGUGCUUUGUUCAGAGCCUGUACAAAUGCUAAUUGGUGUCAUUAAUAUUUUAAUCAGCUUCAAUGUGGAGGGACAGUUUGUCAGGCCAGCAUGUCAGCUUAUGCCAACAGCCAGAUAAUUUCAGGUUUUUUGGGAAACGAUAUUCUAUUUUUUCCCUAAAUUCUUAGCUAAGAGGAGGAUUCAUAAAAUCUUACCCCUACCUUACUAUCUAUCUCAUGUUCCCUAGGGGCACAACACGAUAUGCAAGCGUCCAUGCACAUUUAGGCCUCACAGCGAGUAGAAGAGAUGAUCUUGAGUCAUUGGCCUACACUCUGAUUUUUUUGAUUAAAGGAAGGCUGCCGUGGGAAGGCUAUCAGGUUUGCUUUCACCUCUACUUGUACAUGUUCUCCCAUCUCUUUGAUUGAUCACUUGCUGAUUCUUAUGCCAACUAUGUAGGGGAAUGACAAGAGGUUUCUAGUCUUCAUGAACAAGACUGUAACCUCCCCCGAGACGCUGUGUGGUGGCUGUCCCCCUCCUUUUGCACAAUUCCUUGAAGCAGUGAAGAAGAUACAAUUUGUUGAGCAGCCCACCUACUCGAAGCUCAUUUCUCUUUUUGGAAGCUUGAUAUGCCCCCCCUGCACCCUGUUAAAGACCAUUCGGAUUGAUGCAAUUUUGAAGGUGGUUGCAAACAUGACAUCACUGAAAUUACCUCACAUAUUUUUAUUUUAUGUCAGAUGGUUUUAUCUCUUUUUCAUGGCUCUAUCAUCUGUUGUUAAAUAGGCUGACCAUGUUUCCAACAGGUUCACCAAAAACGUGGAAGAUUGCAGGUAAAUAAUGAAGAAGAUGAGUGUCAUAGAAAGAAACGGAUAAAAUGUUUGAUUGAUGACAGACCAUGACCAUGUACAUGUAAGAAUAUAAAUAAAAUCUGUAAAGUGCCAAUUGAGAAAACAUAAAUCUCAUGACUAAAUUAUUUAUUAUUAUUGUUAUUAUUUAUUCAUAAAGAAAACGAUAGUUUAAAAGCCUCAUAUUAAGGGCAUGAAUAUAAUACUUUUUUAAUGUAAUCAUAGCUAUUGAUAAAGGUGUGUAAUUAAUAUUUAUGCAAAAACAGAAACUAUAUCAAUCAAUGAUAAUAAUACAAGACAAUCAUUUAGAGGGCGUGAGUAUAAGUAGAUAUUUAUAUCAUAGUUACUCUUGCUAGGAAUAUGUAUCAUUUAUUGCCAACAUUUAAACUUUAGAAAUGUUUUGUACCUACUAUCUAUUCACCUUGGAAAUGGCACCACUUUGGACGUAACCUAUUGAGUACAGGAAUAUAAUAUGUUUAAGUACGUUCACACUUACAAAUUAUCAGAAAUAAUUAUUAGACCGAUAAAUGUAAAUUUUAUGCAUAAAUAAUGAAUAUUACUUUUUUAUAAGAAAGCUGGCACAUAAAAAUACAGUAUUAAAGGGAAGAAAUCUAAUAUUAUUUCAUACAAUCAUAAUGAUUAGUUGCAAUGAAUAAUUACUAUAGUUUACCAAAAUGAAAAUUUUAUCAGUAAAUAAAUGAACACUACAAGUAUUGGAUUAAAUGGCACGAAUUUGAUAGUUUAGGUUAUAUUUAUAAUUACUAAUCACUAUGAUUAAAUAUUAUUUAUUAGAAUAUGUAAAGUUAUGAAGAAAUAAGAAUUAUGUAUUGGAAGCUUAUGUGUCCACCAAAGGACACACAUCCACCCCAUAAUGUGUUUAGAACCACAUGUAGUCCAAAACUAAAAGUAAUGUAAUGUCGUAAUUGGUUCCCAUCAUAGUAUAAGUAUGAUUUCUUUAGUGAUGAUCUAAAAAUUAAGAAGCAUCUAGAUUCAUAGAAGAUUGGGUAGAUAAAGAGGAGUUUGAAAUAAAAGUCACAUAGCUAUGCUUUGUAAUGUUUUCAAUUUGAAAAGCAUAUCUUGACAAAGUUAAAUCUUAUAUGAUUCACAUGGGUGAAUGUCAUCGUAUAUACUUUUUAUACAUUGCACCCUCUAGAUGUUUUCCUAAACUUGAAGCAAAAUGUACCCAUCGUCAAAUCUUGAUUCAUUCCAUUGAUGAGUGGAAAAUAAAUUUCUUGUCUAAAGUAGGACUUUUAGUAUAAGUAGGAAAGUUAAUGUAUUAACAAGUGUGCCGACCAUCACAUUUAUGAGGAUGAUGAAUUAAUCAUGGAAACUAUUUAUUGAAAAAAAUUAUUAUCUAUUUUGACUGUAGUCUAAUGUAAAAUUUUAAUUAAGAGUUACAUAAUUCUAUAUGCGACCCCUAUUAAAUGUUUUUGAGCCAAAUCUAUAUUGUAUAUAAAUUUGUAUAUAGUUUUACACAUAUAAAAUGAGAUUUUUGCCUUUUUAAGAAUACAUGUACAAUAUUUUCAAGUAAAUUGAUAAUAUUUUCAAGUACAAUAUUUUUACCUUUAUUAUUUUUUAAUAUAAUGUCUUUUUUUGUCAUAAUAGGAAACCACUGAUAAGUUUUCAUUAUCAUGACUUAUUAAUUAGUAAAUAAUAUAUUUUUAACCUUAACUCAUGAUAAAUAGACUUAUAUUUCUAUUAAAUUAUGAAAAAUAGUUUUCAAUUGAUUAAUGUGAUUUUUUUAGCUAAUUAGAUAAGUUUUUUAUGUAUUUAUAUGAUUUUUAUAAUCCUAUUUUUUGAGAUAAAUCAAGAAAAAGAAAUUAAAAUAAAAAUAUAGCAAAAAGAGGGGACCUAUCAGCCAACUAGGCCUGCAAGUAGAUCAGAAGGGUAGUCAGGGGGAGCCGUGAGCAAGGGCUUGGGUGACUAGGACCAAUGGAGCCAUGUGUGCGCCACUCCCUUUCCACGUCACCGGUGGCCAGCCAAGACUGAGGCAAAGAGUGGUUGUACAUGUGAGAGAAAUAUACUCAUUACUUGUUGACGUGACUCAAUCAUUGUAUAUUAAAUCACGCAAAUCUAAAAUUUAUAAAACUAGAAAAUAUGAACUUUUAGAUAUUUAGAAGUAUUUCUAAAUAAAUAUAUCAAUUAUAAUUCAAUAAAACUUUCAUAAAUAGCAAUAAUUUUACAGGUCAGGCACAGAGAUAUAAUAUAAUAUCUGGUAUGUAUUCAUAAUUUUUCUCAAUGAAUAUGAUUUUCUAUAAAUUUUAUACUAAGAAAUAAAAAGAAAAUAUAUUUAAAAUUCACAAAAAAGGAAAUAAGGGUGCGGAUGUCAAGAUGACAUCAGCGCCCUGCGAAUGCGAAUCGGGCAGAAAUAGAAUUCCGCCCAAAAAUUCUUAUGUAAGUGAUUAUAGAUGAUUUAAUUAAUCAAAUUAAGAUCUGUAAAAGCCAAAAGAAUCAUAAUAGAAUGAAGUAUAUUUUGGUAAAUUAAAAUAGCAAAAAUUAUCACUAAUUUUUAAUGAAGCGUAAAGUAAGUUGAAAGUAAGAAAACAAAGUUCCGACGUCACGACAACGAUGCAUCGACGAUACACUGGAAUCUUGAGCAUUGGGGAGGAUCGUCGUGUAAUGUCCACACCCUCGAAAGCUCUCCUUGGACAAAGACAAUGUGGGCAAUCUCUAAAUCUCCUUGUGAAGUCUAGAGAUCAAUGAAGUAGGUUGUCGAAUCGUCUCCGACAGGUGUCACCCGGUGAAGUAGAAAAAUAACAACUUUGUGGCUCUCUAGUGACUAUCACUCGACAGAGAGGAGCUAGAUGGAGGUGGGGCACAUGUCAGGGAGCUUCAUCCUCAGGUCUGCAUAGCAAGAGGAGGCUUUUCAUCGCAUCUGGUAUGCUCUCAAGAAGUGGCCACUCGUCUCCCAACAGAUCGUCCUCUUCCCAACGACGGCUUGUUCGUUAAUCAAUCAGAGAUACUUUACUUGAUAGAUUUGCAAUCUUUUUAUCGUGAAUCGUUCAAUAGUUUUGGUAACAAUACUCCGCAAAUGUUGAUGAGAUUUUCACUAAUGAUCUAGCGAUUCUGGUUGCUGAAUCCUUCACCAGCGAUCUACAAGAAAGUCGUGAUAAUCAGAUUAAAAAAAUACGAGUUUUGGCUCUAGGAGGAUUCGAACCCGCGCUGGUUGCCCGCCCCCCUUCUGAGGAAGGUGUGACACGGGUUUAGUCCCACAUCGAUUGUGCACUGAAUUUUCGGGCGAAUAUAUAGUAAUGUUAGAUUUCUAAGCAAAGUCUCUUCUCUCACAUGUACGACCACUCCUUACCCCAUAGCCGAUUGGCCACCGGUGAUGUGGAAGGGGAGUGGCACACACGUGCCCCUAUCUAUCCAAGCCGCUCAAGCCCUUGCUUGCGACUACUCCCCGACUAUGCUUCCGACCCGCUUGCAGGCCCAGUUGGCUGGUAGAUCCCCCUCAUUUUGUCUUAUUUUUAUUUAUUUAUUUAUUUUUCAUCAUUUAUCUCAAAAGUAAGAUUGUAAAAAUCAUAUAAUUUCAUGUAAAAUCACAUAAUUACCUAAAAAUUCACAUUAAUUAACUGAAAACCACUUUUCAUAAUUUAACGCAAAUAUAAGUCUAUUUAUUAUGAGUUAAGGUUAAAACUAUAUUAUUUACUAAUUAUUAACUCAUGAUAGUGAAGACUUAUCACUUGUAAAUGUGAUAUUACUAUAUAUUCGCCUAAAACUUUGGCACACAAGCAAUGUGGGACUAAACCCACAUCACACCUUCCCUUGAAAGACUUUGAAGGUUUUAAGACCUAAAUUACUCCUUAGUUAUAAUAGAGAUAUACUAUGACGAUGUCACUUGAUAAGGGUAUUAGAGUAUUUAUUUUAAUCUCUCUCAUGUAGGCGGGCAAUCAGCACGGGUUCGAAUCUUCCUAAAGCCCAAUGAAAGAUUAUCUCGACUUUCUUAUAGAUCACUAGUGAAGGAUUAAGCCACUAAAAUUAUUAGAUCAUUGGUAAAAAAAAUUCAACGCAAUUCGCAAAGCAUUGUUACUAAAAUUGCUAAAAAACAAUUCACGAUAAAAGGAUCAUGAAUCCAUCGAGUAAAUCAUCUUCGAUUGAUCGAUGAACAAGUUGUCAUCGAGAAGAGGACAAUCUAUCAAGAGACGAGUUGCCACCUCCUGUGAGCAUACUAGAUGCGAUGAAGUGCCUCCUCUUGCUACAUAGACAUGAGGAGGAAGCUCUUUAACACACGCCCCACCUCCAUCUAACUCUUCUACGUCGGGUGACAACUGCUAGAGAGUCACAAAGUCAUCAUUUUUUCAUUUCACUGAGUGACAGCUGUCGGAGAUAAUUUGACGACCUAUUUUAUUGAUCUUUAGAUUUCACAAGGAUAUCUAGAGAUUGCCCACGUCGUCCUUGUCGAAAAAGAGCCUUUGAGGCCGUAGACACUACACAACAAUCUUCUUGACUGCUCAAACUUCUCGUACAUCAUCGACACAUUGUUGCCGUGAUGUUAGAACUUUAUUUUUCUACUUUCAACUUAAUUUCUAAUUCAUUUAGUGACAAUUUGUGUGAUUUAAAUUUACUAAACUAUAUUUGAUUCAAUUACGAUUCUUCCACCUUUUACAGAUCUUAAUUUGAUCAAUUAGAUCGUCUGUAAUUGCUUACACAAAAUUUGCUAGACAAAACUCUAUUUCUAUUUGAUUCACAUUCGUCAGGCGCUGACAUCAUCCUAACAUCCAUACCCUUAUUUUCUUUUUUCACAAAUUUAAGUAUAUUUUAUUUUCAUUUCUCAUAAAAAAAUUAUAUUCUUUGAGAAAAAUAUUAAAAAGUUACCCAAUAUUAUAUUACAUCUCUAUGAUCGACUUGGAAAAUUACCACUAAUUUUGUAAAUUUGAUUGAAUUAUAAUUGAUAUAUUUGUUUAGAAAUACUUCUAAAUAUCUAAAAAUUAAUAUUUUCUAGUUUUAUAAUUUUUAAAUUUACGUGAUUUUUAUUUUUUAUUUUUUAUUUUUUAAAAUUUACGUGAUUUACAAUACAACAACUAAGUCAUGUCAAAAGGUUUGUCAACUUCCUAUGGAGAUCGAACAUAGCCUAUUAGGUUAUAAAGAAUCUUAAUCUCUCUUUAGACGCCAUAGGUAAGCACCAUAUGUUGCAGUUGCAAGAGCUUCAAGAACUACCCAAUGAGAUGUACGAGAAUUCUGUGAUUUACAAAGCAAAAAUGAUGGCUUUUUAUCACAAGAAGGUUAGCAAAAAGAGUUUUCAUGAGCAUCAAAAAGUUUGGCUUUACAAUUCUAGAUUGAAACUAUUCCUCGAGAAAUUAAAAUCUAGAUGGGAUGGACCAUACCUUGUGAUUAAAGUUUUUGACUGUGGUGCAGUAUUAAUUACAGAUCUGAAAAUUGGUAAAAUUUUUAAUGUGAAUGGGCAAAGAUUAAAACCUUAUUUAGAAAAUGAACCCUCCUUCUUUACCCAUUUCCACUCAAUUAUAUGAUCCAUCCAUUGAACCUCAAUCUUCUUAGAACUUCCCCUCCAUCAUGUACUCUAAGAUGGCAUAGCUUUCUUUUCCACUACAUUCCUUUUUUAUUAUUUUUCUCUAUCCUUUGAUAUUUUUCUGGAGUUUUUAUUAAGCAAACAGAUCUAGCGUUCUAGAAGAAGUGCAUAUCAUGACAUAGAUUAAUACAAAAGAAAAUCAGAAGGAUGAAGAGUGAAAAUCAGUUUGCACAUUUAAUGCUUUCUCCUUUUUCUCUUAAAUAGAUGCAUUGAGGACAAUGCGAAUGGUUGUUUGGGGGGGAAGAAUAAAUGCAUGAGGGUGAAUACAUGAGAUUACAUCAGGUGCUAUAAUGCUUAUAACUAAAUGAUGAAGUUCAUCAUCUUUCAUGGUGCAUAUAACCCACUCUUAAAUUGAGAAAAUCUAGUUUGAUCUUUUGCUGGAUUUAUGUUAUGAAUUCUUAUUAUUAACUAUGAGUAGUAAAUUGAAUCUUUCUCUUUCUUGAUUAGUAGUCAGUCAAAAAGUUUUCAAAUUAAUUGAUGCUUUUACAAAUCAUUAAUCAUGAUUAAACUUGAGACAAAAGGAUAGAACAUGGUAAAGAUUACUUUAGAGAAAAUAAAAUAAAAAUCGUAGUAGCACCUUAGCUGAUUUCGUGGGGCUUCCACAUGCAAAAUUAGGAUCAACAAGGCUUGUUAAAUACUUAUUGUAACGAUUCUUCUAGCUUUUACAGAUCUUAAUUUGACUAAUUAAAUCAUCUAUAAUCACUUAUCUAAAAAUCACUAGGUAGAACUCUAUUUCUGCCUGGUUUGCAUUCAUUAGGUGCUGACAUCAUUUUGACAUCUACACAUUUAUUUCCCUUUUUCAGAAAUUUGAAAUAUAUUUUCUUUUCUUUUUUAAUUUAAAAUUCAUAAAAAAUCGUAUUCUUUGAGAACAUUUCUGAAAUAUUACCUGACAUUAUAUUACAUCCAUGUGAUUCACCUAGAAAAUUUCUACUAUUUUUAGACCUUUCAUUAAACUAUAAUUGAUAUAAUUAUUCAAAAAUACUUUUAAAUAUCUAAAAAUUAGUGUUUUCUAGUUUUAUAAAUUUUAAAUUUCUAUGGUUUACUAAAUAAGGGAUAUUAAAAUUAUUAAAACUUUUCGAAGGCUGUGACCCCAGGUUUAGUCCCACAUUGAUUAUAUGUCGAGUUCUGAGGUUGAUAUAUAGUAAUACUACACUUGAUAAUAAAUGUGUCCCUUUCUCACAUGUGUACGGCUACUCUUUAUCACAUGCCCGACUAGCCAUUGAUGAUGUGGAAGGCGAGUGAUGCACAUGUGCCCCUUAUUAGUCCAUCUUUAGUCGCUCAUGCCCUUACUCACGAUUCCGCCUGUCAAUGCUUCCAACCUAUUUAUGGGCUCGACUAGGUGGCAUGUUUUCUCUUUCUUCUAUCUUUUUAUUUUAUUUCUCUUUAUUUAACUCAAAAAUAAGAUUAUAAAAAUUAUAUAAAUUCACAUAAAAUCCCAUAAUUAGCAAAAUUAACUAACUAAAAACUAUUUUUCAUAAUUUGACGUAAAUAUAAGUCUAUUUAUCAUGAGUUUAGAUUAAAACUAUAUUAUUAAUUAAUUAUUAACUCAUGAUAAUGAAGACUUAUCAACCAUCUUCACUAAAGCAUGUAUUUUUUGAUUAACAUCAAACUUAUCCAAUGAUUAUAUCAUCGUAUUUGUCUAAGGAUCAAGAGAAUAGAUUACUUGAUGUACUUAGGACAUAGAGAGAGGUGAUUGGUUGGUCUCUAGCAGAUAUUUGAGAACUUGAUCUAUUUGUGUGUAUGCACAUAUUUUAUCGUGAGGAGAACUAUCAUUUCUUUUUAUGCAUUUCCUUACUAGCUUUUGUUUCGGACAUAUUUUAUUGGUCGAGUGCUUUAGUUAGAACUAUUCAAGGACAAUAGUGUAGUAGAUGGGGCAUAAAAAUCAGAAUUUUCUUCUCUUUUCCCUUCUCUCACAUGCAUUAAGGACAAUGCAAGACUCAAGUAGAGGGGAGGUGAUGUGACUUAGUCGUUGUAUAUUAAAUCAUGCAAAUAUAAAAUUUAUAAAACUAGAAAAUACAAAUUUUCGAAUAUUUAGAAGUAUUUCUGAAUAAAUAUAUCAAUUAUAAUUCAAUAAAACUUCCUAAAUAACGAUAAUUUUCCAUGUCGAUCACAAGGAUGUAAUAUAAUAUCUCGUAAUUAUUUAGAAUUUUUCUCAAUGAAUAUGAUUUUCUAUGAAUUUUAUACUAGGAAAUGAAAAGAAAAUAUAUUUAAAAUUCACAAAAAAAAGGGAAAUAAGGGUGUCGAUGUCGGGAUGAUGUCAGCACCCGACGAACAUGAAUUAGGCAAAAAUAGAGUUCCACCUGAUGAUUCUUACGUAAGCGAUUAUAGACGAUUUAAUUAAUCAAAUUAAGAUCUGUAAAAGCUCAAAGAAUCAUAAUUGAACAAAGUAUAUUUUGAUAACUUAAAAACACAAAAAUUAUCACUAAAUGAAGCAUAAAGUAAAUUGAAAGCAAGAAAACAGAGUUCUGGCGUCGCGACAGCGAUGUGUCGGUGAUGCACCGGAAUCCUGAGUGUUUGGGAGGAUCGUCAUACAGUGUCUAUAGCCUCGAAGGCUCUCCUUGGACAAAGACAACGUGGGCAAUCUCUAGAUUUUCUCGUGAAGUCUAGAGAUUAAUGAAAUGGGUCAUUGAGUCGUCUCUAGUGGCUGUCACUCGGCGGAGUGGAAAAAUGGUAACUUUACAGCUCUCCGGCGGGUGUCACUCGACGGAGAGGAGCUGAAUGGAGGUGGGGCAUGUGUCACAGAGCUUCAUCCUUAGGUCCGUGCAGCAAGAGGAGGCUCUUCAUCGCAUCUGGUACACUCUCAGGAGGUGGCGACUUGUCUCUCGACGGAUUGUCCUCUUCUUGACGACGGCUUGUUUGUUGAUUAAUCGGGGAUGAUUUACUUGAUGGAUUCGCAAUCCUUUUAUCGCGAAUCCUUCAGCAAUUUUAGUAGCAAUGCUCUGCGAGUCGCAUUGAUGAGAUUUUUGCCGAUGAUCUAGUGAUUCUCGUUACUUAAUCCUUCACCAGCGAUCUGCAGAAAAGUCACAAUAAUUAGAUAAAAAUAUAUGACUUUUGACUCUAGAAGAACUCGAACCUAUGUCAGUCGCCCGCCUCUUCUGAGGAAGGUGUGACGCGGGUUUAGUCCCACAUCAGCUGUGUGCUAAUUUUUUAAGCGAAUAUAUAGUAAUGUUAGCUUUCUAAGCAAAGUCCCUUCUCUCGCGUGUACAACCACUCCUUGCCCCACAGCCGGCUGGCCACUAGUGAUGUGAAAGGGGAGUGGCACACACAUGCCCCCAUUGGUUCAAGUCGUUCGAUCCCUUGCUCGCGGCUACUCCCUGACUGUGCUUCUAACCUGCUUGUGGGCCCAACUGGCCAGCGGGUCCCACCAUUUUGUAAUAUUUUUAUUUUUAUUUCUUGUUCUUCAUUUAUCUCAAAAGUAAGACUGUAAAAAUUAUAUAAAAUCACAUAAUUACCCAAAAAUUCACGUUAAUCAAUUGAAAACCUCUUUUCACACUUUAACACAAAUAUAAGUCUAUUUAUCAUGAGUUAAGGCUAAAUCUAUAUUAUUUACUAAUUAUUAACUCAUAAUAAUGAAGACUUAUCACACCCCCAACUUAAAUCAUUGCUAGUCCCUUAGCAAUGGAAUUACGAAAAUAAAAUUUUACAAAUCUCAAAUAUCAUAUUUCAAUAUAGGAAAAAAAAAGUAUAUAAUUAGAAAUGAUGCACCUUUAAAUACUUUGGAUUCUUAUAUCAAGUAUUUAAGAAUGAUGUCAAGCACUUAAAUGUUUAAACACUCUUUGGAAUAACAAUCUAGACUUCACUUCUUCUAUUCACAUCUUUAUCACUUCUUCACUCAUAGAUAUAUUUACAAGAUGUUUCAAUUAUCAAUACUCAUUCAAGAAUAAUAUUGAUCCUACAUAUUCCUCAAAAAAGGCUUGAUCUCUCGAAUUUUCACUUAAAUUCUCAUAAAGACUGUAAAUCUCAUUAGGGGUUUUCUUCAUAAAAGCUCUUACACAUAUAGAAUCAACCAUAUUUCUAUAUUAUUCUAAUAAUCCAUCAUAAAAAAUUCUAUUGAGCUGCCACUUGGGUAUAGCAUGAUGAGGACACUUUCUAAGUAAAUCUUUGAAUGUUUCCCAUGUUUCAUGUAAAGUUUCUCCUGAUCUUUGAGGAAAACUCCAUAUAUGUUUUCUCAUAUUUUGAGUUUUUCUUAAGGAAUAAAUUUUUUGAAGAAAAGCCUAUUCAUCUUAAUAAUUUAUGGUGUAACUUGAGGGAGAUUAACUAAAUCACAGACCAUAUGAAAUUUUUCUAAGUGCUGAUGAGGUUUCUCUAAAGGCAAUCCAUGAAAAUUAGGGAGUAUUUGAAAAAUUCCUAGAUUUAUUUCGAAUUUAAAAGUGGGUGCUAAUGGGACUCUAAUAUUUGAUGCUCUUUGAAAUGAAUCAAGGAUAUAAUGAUUUUUCAUGACCAUAGGAUUGUUCUCAAUUUGACAUGUACUUCCUUUAGGAUCUAUCAAAAUUAAUUUUUCUUUUCGAUUUUUAUUUUUGAAUGAAAUAAUAGAAGGAUUUUCUAGUCUUGGAUGCAAGGAUCUUCUACCAUGCAUAAAAAAAUCAAUAAAUUCAAGGGAAAAGUUUAGUAAUUGUUACCCUCCUUUAGUAUGCUCUGGUCCUUGCUUUGUUUCUCUUCGUUCCCUUUUUUUUAAAAAAAAUUAGCAAAAAGAAAAUAAAAUAAGAGUUAAAUUUUUUUGUGUACUCUAAGAGAAAAAUAGAAAAAUACUAAAUAUUAUGCAAUACAUCCCUAGCAAUGGUGUCAAAAUUUGACGUGACUUAGUCAUCGUAUUGUAAAUCACGUAAAUUUAAAAUUUAUAAAACUAGAAAAUACGAAUUUUCAGAUAUUUAGAAGUAUUUUUGAAUAAAUAUAUCAAGUAUAAUUUAAUAAAACUUCCUAAAAUAGUGUAAUUUUCUAGGUCGAUCAAAGGGAUGUAAUAUAAUAUCUGGUAAUUAUUCAAAAUUGACCUCAAAGAAUACUAUUUUCUAUAAAUUUUAUACUAGUAAAUGAAAAGAAAAUAUAUUUAAAAUUCACAAAAAAAAGAAAUAGGGGUGUAGACGUCAAGAUGAUAUCAGCGCUUGAGGAAUGCAAAUCGAGCGAAAAUAAAGUUCUGCUCGGUGAUUCUUUACAUAAGCGAUUACAGACAAUUUAAUUGAUCAAGUUAAGAUCUAGAAAAGCUGGAAGAAUCGUAAUGAAAUGAAGUAUAUCUUUGUAAAUUUAAAAUCAAUAAAUUAUCACUAACUGAAAGGAAAAUUAAGUUGAAAGUAGGAAAACAGAGUUUCGACAUCACAACGGUGAUGCGUCAGUGAUGCACUAGAAUCUUGAGCAUUCUAGAAGAUCUUUGUGUAGUGUCCAUGGCCUUGAAGGUUCUCCUUGGACAAAGACGAUGUGGGCAAUCUCUAGAUCUCCUUGCAAAGUCUAGAGAUCAAUAAAAUGGCUUGUCGAAUCGUCUCUGGUGGCUGCCACCUGACGGAGCAAAAAAACAGCAACUUUGCGACUCUCUAGUGGUUGUCACUCGACAGAGAGGAGCUGGAUGGAGGUGGGGCGCAUGUCAAGAAGCUUCAUCCUUAGAUCCGCACAACAAGAGGAGACUCUUCAUCGCAUUUGGUAUGCUCUUAGGAGGUGGUGA